AUGCUAAUCGGAUCUUCAGCCUCUCUCAUCACACCCACCCGCACAUACGUUUCCACCAGCGCGCCUUCCGUGCGGAUAGCCUCGAAGACUACCGCAUUCCAGUCCCAACGGAGGUGGGCUUCCAACGAGAGCGAAAAGGAGAGAAGCGCUGUUAGGGACUCCGCUCCUGGUGCUGCAGAGCCGGCCAACCUGACAGAGGCUACUGAGGAAGCACUUCCAGCUGCCGAGACCAAUGAAAAGCUCGCAGCUGAUAGAGGAAACGUGGCCAGGGAUUCAGCUCCCGCCGCGGCAGAACCAGCCAACCUGACUGAAGCCACGGACGAGACAAUCCCGGCUGCUGAGACCAAUGAGAAAAUCCUACCUCGGAGUGGCAGAGCACCCAAGGACUCGGCGCCAGCCGUAGCAGAAACCGCCAACGCAACAGAAGCAAGUGAAGAGACGCUGCCGGCCGCCGAGAUCAACGAGGGCGUGGCUGCUUCGUCGACUCCUAACCAGUCAGCCACGGGCAGAGCUCCCUCUGGGGUGAAUGCGGCAUUGUUUGAGCGCAAACCGACUCUUUAUGUUGGGAACUUGUUCUUCGAUGUGACCGAAACCGACUUGGUCAAAGAGAUGGCUCGCUUCGGCACCGUGACGAGAUGCAAGAUUGUCCGCGAUACUCGAGGUCUAAGCAAAGGUUUCGGUUAUGUCGAUUUCUCGACGCAGGAGGCUGCGGACGCUGCUCUCGAGGCUCUUAAUAUGCAAAUGUUUGAGGGUCGUCGUAUCACCGUCCAGUACGCCGCGCGCAGCAGCGGUAUGAUGGACACUCCGAACACCACCCGCCGCCCAAUGAACCCGCCAUCCAAAACGCUCUUCAUUGGUAACAUGUCUUUUGAGAUGACGGAUCGUGACCUCAGCAACUUGUUCCGUGGAAUCAGAAACGUGAUCGACGUCCGUGUCGCCAUCGAUCGCCGCACCGGACAGCCCAGAGGCUUUGCCCAUGCCGACUUUAUCGACGUCAAGAGUGCUAUGGAGGCCAUGAAGGUCCUGUCGGAGAAAGAGAUUUACGGUCGAAGAUUACGAGUUGACUAUUCGUUCAGCUCUUCGAACAGGGCACCGAGAAAUGAGGCUCCUGCCAACUCUGACGAUGUUCCGCCCGAAUCGCAGUAG